CAAGGUUCAUUGCCACUGUGGCUCAGGACCUCUCGAGGCGCCCGCGGACCGCUGCCGAGCAGCUCCUUGCCCGGGGGCGUGGUAGUUGACCGAUGGGAAAGGCAGGCCAGGCACGCUGCGUUCACCGCACAUUCGGCAAGAAGACGAAGGUGAAGAGCGCGGGCAAGGCGUCGAAGGCCGCCACCCCGCCCAAGCUGAAGAAGGGUCUCGAGGCCGGCUCGGUUCUCAUCCUGCUCGCGGGCAGGUUCCGCGGCCGCCGCGUGGUGUUCUUGAAGCAGCUCGAGACCGGUCUGCUGCUCGUCACGGGCCCAUACGCGAUCAACGGGGUGCCCCUCAGGCGCGUGAACCAGCGAUUCUGUAUCGCGACAAGCGCCAAGGUGGACCUGAAGGGCGCAGACUAUUCGAAAGUCGAUGACGCCUACUUCACCAAGGAGGCGAGCAAGAAGAAGUCCGCAGCGAUGUUUGCCGCUGACGCCGAGAAGAAGGGCAUCUCAGAUGAGAAGAAGGCAGGCCAGAAAGGCAUGGACGACAAGGUGGUGAAGGGCCUGGCAGCCGACAUGAAGGCCUAUCUGAAGGCUAAGUUUUCUCUGUCAGAUAAGAUGUACCCCCAUGAGCUGAAGUUCUGAGUGGACCCAGCCGCGCUGCGUGGAUCAUGAGUGUAUUGGCAGUGAGGGCAGACUUGAUGGAGGAGCGCCACUAUACUUCGCGCGGUAAAACCAUAAACACGUGCAA